GGAGUUAGUGACGACCGAGGUUGAGGGGUCGUCAGUAGUUAGCACAGCCGCAAAGUCAUAAACAGCCCACAUUUCUACAAUUUAUCUUAUUAAAAUCGAAUUAUACACACGGUUAACCUUAUGCUGAACCUUAAAUGAAGACCCCAACGCAUGAUUUUUUAUUUUGACUUUGUGGCUGUGUUAUCUAGUGGAGACGGGUUGAGGGACCAUCUCCAUGCGGCCGCUUUGUCGGAGGUGGGACUAGUGGUCGUUGUUGAGGAAGGCUAACUAUCCUACUAACGUUACGAUCUUACUGGUAGUAUAGAUACAUGUUAAAGAAUCUCAUAGGUCGACAAUAACUUUGGCUUGUUUAAAUAAUGGUUCAAUUUCAAAGGUGUUGGCUGAAAAACCUUAUCCUGCAGAGUCCGUACUGUCGGGGAGUUCUACCAUCGAGAAAAAGUUAUAUCCCUGAGUUCGCAUUUUGCCUCCUGUUUGGACAUCGACGCGCUGGAUACAGUACCACAUCAGGGAUCCCUGGUGUGAGAGAACGUACUCUAGUUGCAGUGAAACCAGAUGGGGUCCAGCGUCGCCUUGUGGGGCAUAUCACGCAACGCUUUGAACAGAAAGGCUUCAAACUCGUGGGCCUGAAGAUGCUACAGGCACCAGAGGAGCAGCUCUCUCAGCAUUACCAUGAGUUAAGGACGAAGCCGUUUUACCCCGGUCUCCUGCACUACAUGACCUCUGGUCCCAUAGUUGUUAUGGUGUGGGAGGGUUAUAAUGUGGUCCGGACAUCUCGGGUCAUGAUAGGAGACACCAACCCAGUCGAGGCCCAAGCAGGCACCGUUCGAGGGGACUUCAGCAUUCACAUCAGCAGAAAUGUGGUCCAUGCCAGUGAUUCAGUAGAGGGGGCUCAGAGGGAGAUCCAGCUGUGGUUUCAUCAAAAGGAACUGAUGGAUUGGGACUGCUGUGACCACAGUAGUACCUACCAGAUAUGAGAAAGAGAUUGUAGGCAGAGAUUGAAAGAGAGAGUUAAGCAUUUCAUUAUACUGUUGUAUCCUGUGCAUGUGACAAUGAAACUUGAAAGAGUGAACAAGGUAGAACGACCAAUAGGAAUAGUGGCUCCAUAACCAUACCUACCUCUUUGUGUCUUGCUUGCAACACUCAGUGUCCCACGUGCAAUACUCAUCCCUCUCCAUCGUGGGUGGCUCUAAUACCCCUAAGCCUCUCAGCUACUAUUAUAGUGUUUGGUCCUCACCAUAUGUACAGUGCGUUCAGAAAGUAUUCAGAGCCCUUGACUUUUUCCACAUUUUGUUACAGCCUUAUUCUAAAAUUAAUUAAAUCGUUUUUUCCCCCCUCAUUCAUCUACACACAAUACACAAUACCCCUUAAUGACAAAGCAAAAACAGUUUGUUAGAAAUGUUUGCAAAUGUAUAAAAUAUAAAAAGCUGAAAUAUUACAUUUUACAUAAUUAUUCAGACCCUUUACGCAGUACUUUUUUUGAAGCACCGUUAGCAGCAAUUACACCCUAGAGUCUUCUUGGGUAUGACGCUACAAGCUUGGCAUACCUGUAUUUGGAGAGUUUCUCCCAUUAUUCUCUGCAGGGUCUCUCAAGCUCUGUCAGGUUGGAUGGGGAGCGUCGCUGCACAGCUAUUUUCAGGUCUUUCCAGAUGUUCGAUGGGGUUCAAGUCCGGGCUCUGGCUGGGCCAUUCAAGGACAUACAGAGACUUGUCCCAAAGCCACUCCUGCGUUGUCUUGUCUGUGUGCCUAAGGUUGUUGUCCUGUUGGAAGGUGAACCUUCGCCACAGUCUGAACCUGCUCCAGAGCACUCAGGACCUUUCAUCAAGGAUCUCUCUGUACUUUGCUCCGUUCAUCUUUCCCUCGAUCCUGACUAGCCUCCCAGUGCCUGCCGCUGAAAAACAUCCCCACCGCAUGAUGCUGCCACCACCAUGCUUCACCGUAGGGAUGGUGCCAGGAUUCCUCCAGACGUGACGCUUGGCUUUCAGGCCAAAGAGUGCAAUCUUGGUGUCAUCAGACUAGAGAAUCCUGUUUUUAAUGGUCAGAGUCCUGUAGGUGCCUUUUGGCAAACUCCAAGCGGGCUGUCAUAUGCUUUUUACUGAGGAGUGGCUUCCGUCACUCUACCAUAAAGGCCUGAUUAGUGGAGUGCUGCAGAGAUGGUUGUCCUUCUGGAAGGUUCUCCCAUCUCCACAGAGGAGCACUGGAGCUCAGGUUCUUGGUCACCUCCCCGACCAUGGCCCUUGUCCCCUGAUUGCUCAGUUUGGCUGGGCGGCCAGCUCUAGGAAGAGUCUUGGUGGAUCCAAACUUCUUCCAUUUAAGAAUGAUGGAGGCCACUGUGUUCUUGGGGACCUUCAAUGCUGCAGAAUGUUUAUGGGUACUCUUUCCCAGAUCUGUGCCUCGACAAUCCUGUCUCUGAGCUCUACGGACAAUUCCUUCGACCUUAUGGCUUGGUUUUUGCUCUGACAUGCACUGUCAACUGUGGGUCCUUAUAUAGACAGGUGUGUGCCUUUCCAAAUCAUGUCCAGUCAAUUGAAUUUACCAUAGGUGAACUCCAAUUAAGUUGUAGAAACAUCUCAAGGAUGAUCACUGGAAACAAGAUGCACCUGAGCUCAUUUUUGAGUCUCAUAGCAAAGGGUCUGAAUACUUAUGUAACUAAGGUAUUUCAGUUUUUAAUAAAUGUGCAAACAUUUCUAAAAACUUGUUUUCGCUGUCAUUAUGGGAUAUUGUGUGUAGAUUGAGGGGAACAAAACAUUUUUUUUAGAAUAAGGUUGUAAAGUAACAAACUGGGAAAAAGGAAGGGGUCUGAAUACUUUCUGAAUGCACUAUAUUUGGACAGUGAAAUUAAAAUGUUAAUUUUGGCUUUACUCCAGCAUUUUGGAUUUGAGAUCAAAUGAUCAAUAUUACAGAAUGUUAGUUUAUUUGAGGGUGUUUUCAUGCUUAUCUGUUUUACCAUUUAGACAUAACAGCACUUUAUAUAUAUAAAGUACCCACAUUUGAAGAAGUAUUUGGGCAAAUUCACUUAUAGUGUAGUCUAACUGUUAGUAUUUGGUCCCUUAUCACUUGGAUUCAAUGACUUCAUCAAGCUUGUAACUUUACAAACUCAUUCGCUGCAUUUGUAAUUUGUUUUUAGUUUAUUAUGGGACAUGUCUUGCCCAAUAUUAACUGAA